AUGGCGCCCUUCCGCAUGACCGAGGAAUUCAUGGAGCAGCUCAUCUUCGAGAACAGCGAGAAGCUGGGCCAAGGCUUCUUCGGCGACGUGUAUCUGCUGCAGGGCGCCGGCGGGUCCCCGCGCGCGCUGGCCUAUUGCUACGACCCGCCCGCGCUGCUCAUGACCUACUGCCGCGGCCGCGACCUGUCUGUGGCGGUGGACCAGGAGCCCAGCGACCGCGCCUGCCUCGGCAUCAUGCUCCGGACGUGCCAGGCCCUGCGGCAGGUGCACCAGGCCGGCUUCGUCCACUGCGACCUCAAGCCGGACAACGUCCUGCUGGAGGUGGACGCGGACGGAGAGCCGCAGGAGGUCCACGUCGUCGACCUGGGCCUGGCGUGCCGCGUCGGCCACUCGUACCCGCGCGCGGCCCCCGUCACCGGCAAGCCCUACUUCUGCGCCUGCUUCUUCGACGGCUCGCCCGUCCAGGCCCGCUGCGACGUGGUCGGCCUGGCCGCCACCCUCGCCUUCUUCACGAACGCCAUGUCCUGCGAGCACGAGGAGCUGGACGCGCUCCUGCAGAGGGCCUCCGACGCGCAGCACGAGAGGCGGCCGUCGCUGGAGGAGCUCAUCGCCCUCCUGCAGAGGCUCCUUCGGGAGGCCGGGGCUCAGCUCCCCUCCUGCUGCGAGGCGCCCGAAGCGCAGCAGCCGGCGGGAGCAGCUUCAGUCCAGGACGCUUCUCAAGCGGCUGAAGCUCGCCAAGUCCCCAAGGCGGUGGACCUCGGCGAAAUGUGCAGGAAUUUCAGGGCGAUGAACAUCUUCCCGAGCCCCACGAAGUCCCACGAAGUCGCUUCAAGCCCCACGAAGUCGCUUCAAGCCCACGAAGUCGCUUCAAGCCCCACGAAGUCCCACGAAGUCGCUUCAAGCCCCACGAAGUCGCUUCAAGCCUCACGAAGUCCCACGAAGUCGCUUCAAGCCCCACGAAGUCGCUUCAAGCCCCACGAAGUCCCACGAAGUCGCUUCAAGCCCCACGAAGUCGCUUCAAGCCCCAGAAGUCGCUUCAAGCCCCACGAAGUCGCUUCAAGCCCCACGAACCCACGAAGUCGCUUCAAGCCCCACGAAGUCCCACGAAGUCGCUUCAAGCCCCACGAAGUCGCUUCAAGCCCCACGAAGUCGCUUCAAGCCCCACGAAGUCGCUUCAAACCCCACGAGUCGCUUCAAGCCCCACGAAGUCCCACGAAGUCGCUUCAAGCCCCACGAAGUCGCUUCAAGCCCCACGAAGUCGCUUCAAGCCCCACGAAGUCGCUUCAAGCCCCACGAAGUCGCUUCAAGCUCCACGAAGUCGCUUCAAGCCCCACGAAGUCGCUUCAAGCCCCACGAAGUCGCUUCAAGCCCCACGAAGUCGCUUCAAAGCCCCACGAAGUCGCCACGAAGUCGCUUCAAGCCCCACGAAGUCGCUUCAAGCCCCACGAAGUCGCUUCAAGCCCCACGAAGUCGCUUCAAGCCCCACGAAGUCGCUCCAAGCCCCACGAAGUCGCUUCAAGCCCCACGAAGUCGCUCCAAGCCCACGAAGUCCCACGAAGUCGCUUCAAGCCCCACGAAGUCGCUUCAAGCCCCACGAAGUCGCUUCAAGCCCCACGAGUCGCUUCAAGCCCCACGAAGUCGCUUCAAGCCCCACGAAGUCGCUCCAAGCCCCACGAAGUCCCACGAAGUCGCUUCAAGCCCCACGAAGUCGCUUCAAGCCCCACGAAGUCCCACGAAGUCGCUUCAAGCCCCACGAAGUCGCUCCAAGCCCCACGAAGUCGCUCAAGCCCCACGAAGUCGCUUCAAGCCCCACGAAGUCGCUUCAAGCCCCACGAAGUCGCUUCAAGCCCCACGAAGUCGGUUCAAGCCCCACGAAGUCGCUCCAAGCCCCACGAAGUCGCUUCAAGCCCCACGAAGUCGCUCCAAGUCCCCAAAAGUCGCUCCGAGUCGCGGGCUGACGUGGGGCGACGGGCGGCGCCUCCAAGCCCCACGAAGUCCCAACGAAGUCGGGCCAAGCCCCACGAAGUCCACGAAGUUGCUCCAAGCCCCCACGAAGUCCCACGAAGUUCGCUUCAAGCCCCGAAGUCCCAUCGAAGUCGCUCCAAGCCCCACGAAGUGCGCUCCAAGCCCACGAAGUCACACGAAGUCGCUCCAAGCCCCACACAAGUCCACCGAAAGUCGCUCAAAGCCCACGAAGUCCCCACGAAGUCGCUUCAAGCCCCACGGAAGUCCUGCACGAAGUCGCUCCAAGCACACGAACCCCACGAAGUCCCACGAAGUGCUCCAAGCCCCACGAAGUCCCACGAAGUCGCUUCAAGCCCCACGAAGUCCCACGAAGUCGCUCCAAGCCCCACGAGUCGCUCCAAGGCCCCUACGGAGUCGCUUCAAGCCCAACGAAGUAGUCCUCAGCCCCACGAAGUCGCUUCAAGCCCCACGAAGUCGCUCCAAGCCCCCACGAAGUGCUUAAAGACCACGAAGUCGCUCAAGCCCCACGAAGUCGCUGCUAAGCCCACGAAGUCCCACGAAGCGCUUCAAGCCCCACGAAGUCCCACAGAAGUUGCUUUUCAAAGCCCACGACAGUCCCACGAAGUCGCUUCAAGCCCCACGAAGUCGCUUCAAGCCCCACGAAGCGCUCCAAGCCCCACGAAGUCCCAACGAAGUGCUUCAAGCCCCACGAAGUCGCUUCAAGCCCCACGAAGAGUCGCGUCAAGCCCCACGAAAGUCGCUUCAAGCCCCGAAGUCGCUCCAAGAGCCCCACGAAGUCCCACAAAGUCGCUCCAAGCCCAACGAAGUCGCUCCAAGCCCCACGAAGUCGCUCCAAGCCCCACGAAGUCCCACGAAGUCGCUCCAAGCCCCACGAAGUCGCUCCAAGUCCCCACGAAGUCGCUCCAAGCCCCACGAAGUCGCUCCAAGCCCCACGAAGUCCCACGAAGUCGCUUCAAGUCCCCAAAAGUCGCCUCAAGCCACACGAAGUCGCUCAAGCCCCAAGAAGUCGUUCAAGCCCCACGAAGUCGCUACAAGCCCCACGAAGUCCCACGAAGUCGCUUCAAGCCCCACGAAGUCCUCCAAGCCCCACGAAGUCGCUCCACAGCCACGAAGUCGCUCAAGCCCCACGAAGUGCGCUCCAAGCCCCACGAAGUCCCACGAGCGCUCAAGUCCCAAAAGUCGCUCCAAGCCCACGAAGUCCCACGAAGUCGCUCCAAGGCCCUACGAAGUCCCACGAAGUCGCCUUCAAGUCCCCAAAAGUCGCUCCUAAGCCACGAAGUCGCUCAAGCCCCACGAAAGUCCACGAAAGUCGCUUUCAAGUCCCCAAAAGUCGCUCCAAGCCCCACGAAGUCGCUCCAAGCCCCACGAAGUCGCUUCAAGCCCCACGAAGUCGCUCCAAGACCCACGGAAGGUCGCUCCAAGCCCCACUCGGAACUUCAAGCCCUACGAAGUCGCUCCCAAGCCACCAACAAGUCGCGUUCAAGCCCCAAGAAGGUCGCUCCAAGCACACGAGUCCCACGUAAGUCGCUUAUCAAGUCCCCAAAGAGUCGCUCCAAGCCCCACGAAGUCCCACGAAGUCGCUCCAAGCCCCACGAAGUCCCACGAAGUCGCUUUCAAGUCCCCAAAAGUUCGUCAGCCCCACGAAGUCGCUCCAAGCCCCACGAAGGGUCCCACGAAGUACGCUCAAGCCACGAAGUUCCCACGAAGUCGCCUCCAAAGUUCCCCAAAAAGCCGAUCGACUAG